AAUUUCAAUACCAUCUAAAUCAUCUUACUAGUAAAAUAAAUCAACUUAUAAAUAAUGUUAUUUAUUUAUCAUCUAAGCUAAGGAUUUCCAAUCUAAAAAUUCAUUUGAAAAUGUUUCAUUCAUUUAUUGCCCCAGUAUUUUUUUAUGCCAGUCCUGUUUGGGCAUUAGACUAUUACAAAUAUUUGGAAAAAUUCCAUAUCAUUUUUCUGCGUAAAGUACUUCAUAUUGAACGCACGGUUCCAGGUUAUGCAAUUAGAUCAGAGACUAAUAGAUUCCAACUUUUUCCAUUUUUUUUGAAAUGUUUAUUCAAAUUUUAUCUUCGCAUAUUAAAUACUGAUGAUGAUAAUAUUAAAUUUCUAUUUCAAUUAAUAAGCAACCAAAAUGGAAGCCUAUCAACUAAAAAUGUUUCGUGGUAUCAAAAAUUCGUUAAAAUAAUACAAUCUUAUGGAAUUUCUACUUUAUUACUCAAUUCAACCGAAGACAACUGUAAACACGCAUACUCCUUAAUGAUGAAUUCUGCUUUAUCUCAAUCUGUUAUCAAGGAUCAAGAUUCCAUUUUAAAUUCGACAUAUCACUAUUGGUAUCAAAAUAUGUUACAUUUUCCAUCAAGUUCGAAUAUUAUUACAACAAAUACUAAUUUAAAUAUUAAGCGCACGCUGAUUCAGAUACGUCUUAAUUACAAUUCGUUACUGAUUGGCAAUGUAUAUAUUGAUUUUUCCAAGAAAUGCUACUGGUGCAAGUCUGAAUCUUUUAAUAUUUACCAUAUUCUUAUUGAGUGUCCAAAGAUUGAAGAAGCGCAAUGUAAAUUUAAAUUAAAAGAAAUUUUUGAUUUAAGUCAAGAAGAAAAUUUCAGAACUAAUCUAGAAAAAAUUCCGUUAUGUAAAAUGUAUAAUAUUCAUAACUUUUUUGUUCAUAUUUUAAAAAUUUUGAAAUAUGAUGUUGUAAAUUGAAUGAUUAAUAUGUUAUGUUUAUCAAAAAUUAUGUAACCAAAUAUUUAAAAAAUGUUUAAAUAAGUAUUAAUUAUCUUUUUGUAAAUCUCUAAUGCUAACCCCCUGUAACAAGAUUUUUUCUUACUACAAUAAAGCAUUUGUAUAUAUAU